AUGUUUCCAUACCCAUUAAACGUCGAUUUACUGGCAAAGCUUUGUCGUUUUUUGCACGGAGAAAAGCUGGCAAUAGAGUCGAUUCAAAACCACUCCUACAAAUUGCUUGUUAACCAACCAGAGUUGUGUUUGGCCGAGGAAACUGAGUCUAUCCACCUCUUGUUGCUCAUAAGAUCAGGGCACAACCAGUGGGGCCGUAGGGACGCAAUUCGUAAACUCUGGGCAAACGACACCUGCUGGACUGGCUUGACAGUUAGACAUGUGUUUCUACUCGGGGUAUCGUCUGAUGCGAAGCAAGAACAACGUAUUCUGAAGGAAGCCCUCCAUCAUAAAGAUGUGAUUCAGCAGGACUUCAUUGACGAUUAUUACAACAUUACUUAUAAGUUUAUGUUAGGUCUACGGUGGGCACUGGCUUACUGCCCAAAGGCGGAAUUUUUGUUUUUGAUUGAUGAUGACUUUUUCCUGAAUCCAACGUCGGUGGGAUCAUUGCUUCGCCAUUUGCAUCAGGGAAUUCCAAAAUAUCUGUCUUUUGGAUAUCUACACCGGCACUCAAAAGUGGUCAGGGGUCGGUCAAAAUGGGCAGUUAACCAAACAUUGUACCCUUACUCCAAUUAUCCAAACUUCGUCUCCGGAGGUUCCCAUUUCAUCAGUAGGCACUUGGCUUUGGAACUGUACGUGAGUAGCCGGUUUACCCAGCACUUUCCCUUAGAUGACGUCUUUACUGGCAUUAUGUUGAACAAGUUACUCCGUGCAACGAUGGACAUGGUGGGCGUCAUAAUCGUGUAUCCGAAAUCCACAGCGUCGCUGAAAUCAAAUCGGCUGCUGACCUUGCAUGGAGUCGUGCGACCAUCGCAACAACGCCUACUCUGGUGGCGAUUUGGAAUGAAGAGCCAGUGCGGCAGCAAGUUAUAG